GAACAUCUGCUCUGUGACGAGGGGACAGUAAGGGAACGUCACUCCAAGAGAGAGCCAAUCAGACGGAAGCUGUUUGGAUUUAUGCCAGGGUUUUUAGGCUUGUAAGACCUAAGUACAAGUGGCAAAAGUCUGUUUGUUUUUUUUAAAUAGAAAAAGUCAGCUGAGACGAGAUGCCCUACACACCGUCUGGCUUUUUCUGUGACCGGUUGAUCCGGGAACGAGAGAGGAGAGACGGAGAAGGUUCUCUGAACAAACCACUGCGCUUCAAUGGUCAGGACUUCAACACCCUGAGACAGGAGUGUCUUCAGAAGAAGAGUCUGUUUGAGGAUGACUCUUUCCCGGCCACUGUGGAGUCUCUGGGCUUCAAAGAGCUCGGACACAAGUCGAACAAGGUCAAGAACAUCAUCUGGAAGAGGCCCAAGGAAAUUUGUGAGAAUCCUCAGUUCAUUGUGGGAGGAGCCAGUAGGACAGACAUCUGCCAGGGAGAUCUGGGUGACUGUUGGUUGUUGGCCGCUAUCGCUUGUCUCACCCUGAAUGAGAAGCUUCUCUACCGUGUUGUUCCUGCAGAGCAAAGCUACUCAGAGAGAUAUGGCGGCAUCUUCCACUUCCAGUUCUGGCGUUACGGUGACUGGGUGGAUGUCGUCAUCGACGACCGCAUCCCAACCGUCAACAACCAACUGGUCUUCACUAAGUCCGCAGAGAGAAACGAGUUCUGGAGCGCCCUGCUGGAGAAAGCCUACGCCAAGCUUCACGGCUCCUAUGAGGCCCUCAAGGGUGGAAACACCACAGAGGCCAUGGAGGAUUUCACCGGUGGAGUCACAGAGUUCUACGAGAUGAAGGAGGCUCCCAAAGAGCUUUACAAAAUAAUGAAGAAAGCUCUGGAGAGAGGCUCUCUCAUGGGCUGUUCUAUCGAUUCUCUGGUUCCCGCUCGCCUUGAGACUCGCACUGUGACUGGACUUGUGAAGGGUCACGCCUACUCUGUGACGGCAGUGGAGGAGUGUAAAGCGUCGCAAGCGUCCAAAGUUCGUCUGGUGCGCCUCAGGAACCCGUGGGGUCAAGUGGAAUGGAACGGUCCCUGGAGUGACAACUCUAAGGAGUGGACCUCACUGUCCAAAGAUGAAAAAGAUAAGCUACAGCACCAGAGUGCCGAGGACGGAGAGUUCUGGAUGUCAUUUGAGGAUUUCAGGAAGAACUACACCAAGAUCGAGAUCUGUAACCUCACACCUGAUGCUCUGGAGGACGACAAGAUCCACAAGUGGACGGUUUCUAUGAACGAGGGACGCUGGGUGAGAGGCUGCUCCGCCGGAGGCUGCAGGAACUAUCCAGACACUUUCUGGACAAACCCUCAGUAUCGCCUGCGUCUGCUGGAGGAGGACGACGAUCCCGAGGACAGCGAGGUGGGCUGCACCUUCGUCGUGGCUCUGAUGCAGAAGAACCGGCGGAAAGAACGCAAGAUGGGAGCAAAUCUCUUUACCAUUGGAUUCUCCAUCUAUGAGGUGCCCAAAGAGAUGCAUGGGAACAAACAGCACAUGCAGAAGGACUUCUUCCUCAUCAACGCGUCUAAAGCUCGCUCCAAGGCCUACAUCAACCUGCGCGAGGUGACCCAGCGUUUCCGCCUGAGCCCGGGAGAGUACGUCAUCGUUCCCUCCACGUACGAGCCACACCAGGAGGGAGAAUUCAUCCUGAGAGUCUUCUCAGAGAAGAAGAACACCUCAGAGGAGAUAGAGAACAGGAUCGAGGCCGAUCAUCCAGUGCCGGCGCCAGCGUCAGCGGGAGAAGAGAGCGAGGACGACCAGCAGUUCAGGAGCAUUUUUCAGGAAAUAGCCGGAGACGAAAUGGAAAUCACUGCCAAUGAACUGAAAAAUGUUCUCAACAGAGUGAUCAGCAAACAUAAGGACCUGAACACUGAGGGCUUCAGUCUGGAGAGCUGCAGGAGCAUGAUUGCUCUGAUGGACGUAUCCUUUAUGGACGGGACGGGUCGACUCAAUCUGCAGGAGUUCAGACAUCUGUGGAAUAAGAUCAAACAGUGGCAGGGAAUCUUUAAACACUACAACGCUGACCAGUCUGGAAGCAUCAACAGCUACGAGAUGAGGAACGCCAUCAACGAUGCAGGCUUCCGUCUCAACAACCAGCUGUACGACAUCAUCACCAUGCGCUACGCCAACGAGAACAUGAACAUCGACUUCGACAGCUUCAUCAGCUGCCUGGUGCGGCUCGAAGCCAUGUUCAGAGCGUUCCAGGCCUUUGAUCAGGAGGGAGACGGUACCAUCAGACUCAGUGUUCUGGAGUGGCUCCAGUUGACCAUGUACACCUAGAAAGGCUCCUCCUCUCCCAGGUGAAAUCCACUCCACACGAGGACCAGACCUGCCAGCUUUUACCUCAACAUUCAGUGUCAUCCACCUCAACUCACCU